AUGAAGUACUCUAUCAUCCUCGCAGCCGCCGCCUCGGGUGCUCUGGCGUCCCUCAACUGCACCGCAACCGCGGACAUCAAGACGUACUGCUGCCCAGACACCACCUCCGAGGUCGUCAAGACGGGUCCCGCGGGAGCCCUCAUCAUGAUGGGCUGUGCGGCCGAUAACACGAACAAGAACUGGUACUGGAACUACAACGGCCUGUACACCCCCUACUCGACCCAGUUCAAGGAGUGCUACCUCAACACCAUCCCCUUCAACGAUCUCAAGGUCCUCCCCGACUGCAAGGACGACACCUACGUCCUCGAUCUCACCCGCGGCAAGUCCGGGCCGCUCGACAAGUGCAACCCCAACUGCGUCAGCCAGAACAAGUUCCCGGCCAACACGUACUUUGGCGAUCGGCAGAAGGAGACCAACAUGGCGGUCAACUUCCCGCGCCCGGGCGGCGGCGGCGGUGGGUGGCCGUGGAGAGGAAGAAAGCGCCAGGUCUAG